AUGAUCUAACUAGGUCAAACAUGGGGUCCUCUGGUGAAUCAGAAAAGAUUAUCCAGCGCUUGAACGAUGAUCUCCGAGAAGCCCAGGACCAAGCUAAUACUGAGAAACACAAAUGUAUGGAGCUGCAAGGUAAAAAACAAAACUCUGAAGUCUCCUCGCUGUGCACUCAAAGGCCACAUCAUAACCACAUGUGCAGGAAAUAAAAGUGAUCAUAUUUUUAGGUAUCCUGGAGGGAGAGAGAAAAGAACAUAAACAACAAGCUGAUGAAUCUGCAAAACAGAUAAAACUUCUUCAAGGUACAUCUUUGUGUUUUUUUCACUUGGAGCUCUGAGGUUUGCACAUUCUGUUAUAAAUGUCAACAUUCUGAAUCAAAACACUUGGUUGGGGUUUUGACAGGCCAGCUGCGGCAGCUCCAAGAUGAAACAAACGCUCUCAGGGAGCAGAUAGACGUCUCCUCCAGUUCACGCGACGAGCUGCAAAGCGCACGUGAUGAGGUGAAGGCGUUGAAACAUGCCCUGGAGGCAGCCACCGCCGAGCGGGAUCGCGAUGUUACCACUAUCCAGACUAACCUGUCAACCGUGUCAAAGGACCUCGACAAAUGGCGGCAGGCUGCAAACAAAUAUGAGCGUGAGAUUGACAAUCUCCAGCGGGAUCUCCAGCAGCAGAGUAAACAAUGGCAGAAAACUGCAGAAAUACAAGGUACAGUGUGAUGCAAAUAUACAAAAUACUACCAAGAAUACUGAUAGUAGGUUUUCCUCUAGAACCUCACUAUUAGAAAGCUCUUUUGUUUGUAUCAUUAAGGAUUUCUCUGCAUAGCCUCAUAUAUAUUUUCCUGUUUAAGCAUGCAGAAAAUAUUACACAAUGAAAAAUACUUGAUAUAUGAUUGUUUGAGAGCCAAUUUAGAGAGGAGCAUCUGCUGUGUUAUAUAAGUCCCUCUGCCCCCACAGCCGGUGAGCUGCAGUCCAUGCAGGUGGAGUGUAAUGGCCUACAGAAGGAGUGCUCUGUCCUGCGAUCUGAAAAACAAGACAUUGCAAAUAAACACCAGAAAGAAAAGAGCGGUCUGCAAAGUGAGUACGCUUCACUCCGAGCUGAGAAGGAGGAACUCCUUAAGGCUCACCAAAAAGAGAAGGCCGGCCUGCAGAGUGACUGUGCAGCUCUGCGCUCUGAGAAAGAGGCGGUGCUGCAGAAACAGAAGCAGCUGGAAAAGGACCUGGCCAGGUCAGUGCUCUGAGAUUGCUGCUCUCUACCCCCACCUUCCAAUAUCUUUUGCAACAAAGCAUACCACAAACCCUCUCUCGGUAUGAUUAUUCACCUUUUGAACUCAUUGCUGUUUUUGUUUCUGGUAGCUCGCGUGCCCAGAAUGCUGAGCUUAGCAGCAGCCUCAAAGCCCUGGAGAGAUCCCAGCAGGAGUUGGAGAAAAGGCUGGGGGCCCUGCAGCUCCAGCAUCAGCAGGAUAGCACCAAACUGCAGACCCAACUUGAUGAAGCAGACAGCCGCAGCAAGACUCUGCAGAGAGAGGUUUGAUCUUAAAACUUCGAGGACAUUAAUCAAGUGUGACGUUGCUCAGAUCCACUCCUCAGACUUCAAAUGCUCCUUCUCUUAAACCUGACAUUAACAAUGUGUCAUCCUUUUGGCUGAGGUAGCAAUAAUGGCUUUGGCUGCUGUCUAAAUGGAGUAGUUUAGUAUCUUUGGUCAUUAAAUUAGACCCCCAUAUACACUUAGCAUCAACAUGCCUCCCAGGGUAUCCAAACAAAGUGAUAAGCCUGAACUUCAGGUGUGAAUGGGACUGCUAAGUCCACAUGCAGAAGUGGUCUGGGAUUUGUUCCCAUUGGUUUUGUACUGUGUACGCCCGUGCUUAUUCUCCUUGUAUCCACGGCAACUAUCACAUGUAGAAACAGACCACCAGCUCGACUCAUUCAAGUUUUCUCUGCAAACCACGUGUUGUUAUUGUUUGACUAAGACUGAGUUAACUUUUUGAUAUCCAAGAGUUGUUAAUCAAAAAUCCUAUUGAUCAAUAAGUUAGAGUAUUAAAAUACAAUAAUACAUAGCAUCCCAAUACGCUGCUGGUCUAGGUAGCAGUCUCUAACAUGGUUGGAACAAUAAUUUAUACAUUUUUGAUAUGCUUUUAUUUGGCCUUUCUUUAACCGGAAAGUCCCCCUGAGACUAAAACAACAUAAAUAUAAGUGUGGGACAAUCACAACUGUUUCUAAAAAUGCAUUUAAGAAAAACAACCGCAUGCCUCAGCCACCACAUCCUUUACGAUUGGUUGAGUGAUAUCAGCGUUUCUUGUUUGAGCUCUUACAGGAAAGAGUAUUUUCCUCAGAUAUGUCCAAACUCAGGCUACGAGAAUAUCUGUCUAACACUUAACCGUUUCUAUGUAAUAGGAGACAGGAGCUGCCUUAGUUUAAUAAAGGCGGGAUAGGAGAUACAAAAAGUUUGAAAUGAAGUUAUGUCUGUAUGGGAGGGAGGACCGGACACACACUGCCAGGACAAACAAACCCUUAGCCUGUGGAUUUUUCUGGUUGUGGCCAUCAGAAAUGUGUUUUAGACAUAAAGUAGACAUCAUGCCCAAUAGUUGGAAUAGAAAGUUUGUGCCCAAGCUUGUGCUUUUUAUUCACUGUCUAUGGAUUCAAAAGAUGGAGUUCGAGGCCAAUGCAUCUGACUAUUAAUCACAGAACUGUCUGAAUGGAUAUUUUUUAGCCUGUAAUGGUCCAAAAGUUACUAAAACUUUAAUCUGUUUUCAGCAAAAACAAAGACUUGACUUCAAAGCAUCCUGCGGUAAGAGCUGUUAGUACGGUUUCUGCUGCUGUUGCUCCGCUCCCAGUCAGGUUUGGCAGGCUGGAUGAGGAUCAGUCACUCACUUGUGUAGCAGGAGGCAGAGAUUAAGUCACUCUUAACCAAGAGUCAUUUGUCGCAGUGUUGUUUCAUUUACACGGUGAAUGAAAGUGGAGGCUAAGUGCUCUCACUGCGUCUUUUCAUGAAAGAGUGGAUACACUCGUCCUGCCAGACCGUUGAGGACAAUAGAUAGGGAGGAACUUUCAUUACCUAUCUGUUAGUAGUACUCACACCUUUUCACACCAGCACACUCCCUUAUUUGCAUGAGAUGCUUUUAAAUGAAAAUAUGUUGUGCAAUUACUUCUAACUGAGAAAUGUCUUGUUUUGCGUGCAGUAUGAGGAGGCCAAGACCGAGCUGUGUGACCUGAAGGAAAAAUAUGAAAAGACUGAGCAGGAAAAACAGUCUCUUGUGGAUGAACUGGAGGGGUGCAAAGCCAGCAUGAAGGAGAUACAGGAAAAGGGAACAAAGGUAAGUGCUACCCCAUCUAACAUUGGAGAAAUGAUUCGCUUAUAACUGUGUGAGACUUAAUAUUUUCAUAGGGGCAUGUGGUGCAGGAAUUUUGAUCUGUCAUUAAGAAACAAAACGGCACCAUAGCUUUUAUUAUUUGCAUAAGCAGCCGUAAUCUUUAGCUUUCUCAGUUUUGGAAGCAUGACCUUUGCCUCACAUUUUGCACCAAGUGUAUGGUACAAUUCUUAAACUAUGAAAUACCUGCAGCCAUAAAAACAUAUUUUAUUUCUCAACACACCUGCCCCUCUUUUACUCAUCCAUUGUCUUUUUUGACUGUUGCUCUCAGACAUUUACAGCCGUGUGUAACUUUGAGACUCACAUAAACACCAUUUACAGACACAGCCUACUGACUGAGGGGUCUAUUAAUAAAGCUACACCCGACUGACUAAAGUAUGUCCAGUUGCAGUUGAUCACUAUAAUAUCCCUUCCCUUCUGUAGAGAUCUCUUUUGCUGCCUGUUCAAGCCAUAGUCAUCGGCCUUAUCCUGGCUUUGCUGUAUUGGUGCUUCGGCGCAUUGUGGUAGGAAGGUACACAUUACUCCUGUCAAGUCGGCCUACAUCUUUCAUUGUCAUAAUUGUCUUUUAGAUCAUUGCAUGACUUAAUCAGGUUUUCCUCGUUCCCCAGAAUGCCUUCCUCAGGGGAAAGCUCCUAAAAUUGACGUCUGAAAAACUCUAACCUCUAAUCAUACAGCUCCUACAUCUGACAUCUGUUUGUCCUGUCUGGGUGGCUAAUGCUUAACAACUGUUUCUCUCACUUGGCUUGGAUGGGCUUAAUCUUUACCUGAGAGAUAACUCGCAUUCUCUAUGCUCUGCAUUGGCUCCAUUGACAAGCUGCCUCUGUCCAAUCUUUUGUGAUCCUUGGACGGGUGAAUCGAUGCGACGUCGCUCAUGUGUCUCCGUUUCUGUGUGGCUUCUAUUUUUCAGAAGCAGUGGAUGAUCUGGGGGCCUGUGGUCGCUGCAGCGUUAACAGCUGUGACUGCUGCCGCUGUGCUCCUCAGGACCUGAGGGCAACGUACACACACAGACACACACAUACACGCAAACGCACAAACAUAAAUGAACCCAUGUUUGUCGUCAGAUUUCUCUGCACUGAAACUGAAAAACCUGCCCUCCUGUCAUAUCUGCACAUUAAAUCAGGAGGGCUCUUCCUUAACACUGUUUAACUUUUAAGAUGCUCUAUUUUAGAUGACAAAAAAAGGUUAAUAAAAGAAUGUCUGUUUUGUGUGCAAAUGAACGAGUUUGUUUGUACAUCUAUUACUUGAGAGAUAUCGAGGCGGGUGGCGGUUGAUCUGUUUGCUAUUGUGACUUAUAGGAUCAUCUAUUAAUGAAUGUAAAGAUACUCUACGUGCUUCAUUAAUUCUGGAUAUGUUUAUGAGAACUUAGAUGGACAACCUGGAGUUUAGACCUCCCCAAAUGUAACACAUCUCUGUAACUGUCAGAAUAAUAAAUACUGUCACAAUAACAAAGCCCCUGAUGAAGUGUAUGAUGAAUGCCUCAGAAAAUAUACCAAUAGAAGAUACUACUUGUUAUUAAAAUCAAUAUAAAUUUAAAUAUACGUCCUUAAAUCAUUUUCGUUUACAGCCAGGGGGUUGUAGUCGAGCAAGAAUUCAUAUUUUGGUUUUCUUUCCUGGUGUGAUUAACAGUCCUGGGAUCUAUUUUCAGUUAUUAUGAUCACAGCUGGAACAUAAACCUCUGGUGUUUUUCUGAAGCAGCUGGCUGUGAGUAUCCAGCACUUGUGCUUGUGUUAGCCACUUCUCUGGCAGAAUCAGUUCUUCCAUGGAGGGUAAACAAUGAAAUAUUUCCUCUUUUUUUAACUUUUAUUCAAAGCUAAGUCUAAUGUAAUUGUUCAUCCUGAGCUGAUUUAGUUUACAUCCGUCAGUCAUUUACUGUUUCAUGGCAAGGAAGUGUAUAUAAAACAAGGUAUAAGUGUUGCCAGUCUUACUGCAUAUGUGGGAACAGUGACAAGCUGAAGCAUGCUUGUUGACUGUACAUUACUGGUGUAACAAAGCAGAAGUAGAUUCGCAUUACAUAACAUCAAAACAAUGAUAUCAAGACAGCCCCAAGCUGUGUAAUGAUGUUAUAUCACACCUCAUCAGCAAAGCACCAUAAAAAACUGGUUUCCUAGUUGGCAUGUUAUAUACUAAAUUCAUAAUUUUAUCAAAAAUUAAUAAAAAAAAAAUCAGUUUAUAUAAAUAAGUACGUAACAAAAAUACAUCAGAAUGGUAUGAGCUUCAAAAGUGGUCUCAAUUAAAGAUCUUAUCCUCAUAAUUGCAGCUUUAAAUCAUUACGCAAACAUGCAAUCACAGCAGCCACCAAACUAUGAAGAUGAGGUCAGACCUCCUGCUGUUGGAGGAUUUGUUUUUUCUGAAUCAUCUGCCUGUUGGUCCCACUGAGUUCUGGACAACCCCGAAUAAGAGGAAACCUGGUUACGUAUAAUAUAUCUGAGGUAAGCUGUUCUUGUUUUGAUUAAUAGAAAAAAAUGUAAGUAAAAUGUUUACAUACCUCUUCUUUUGCCUCAGUCUAAUGGCCGACUGUACCGCAGCGGGCAGUCAGAGAGGCUAAUUGCAGCUGACAGCAGGAUGCAGAGGGAGGGUGGUUUUCUCACUGUGCUCACGUCACGAAACCACACAAUGGGGCACGGAAAAAGACUGAGCUUAACCAAAGUAUACACAGUGUUAAAAUGAUCACCUCCAGCAUGUGGAUAGAUUUGUUUGUGACCUGCUGUUUGGGUUUUAUGAAAGUCGUUGACCCCGUGAGGCAUUACACCACAAAUCGAUGACCAGGAUGUGGAACACUCCUCUGGAUUUAUGGAGUGAGAGGAACUUUGUGGUUACACCGGCCUUUGAGGGUCUCAUUUUCCUUUUCCUAUAUUUUUAAUCAUUCUAACCUUUCUUUUAACAUCUGUUGCAAAUAAGAGACUCUACAUCAUCAUUGCAUUACAUACUACUGAAGUAUUUCCUCAGGAAUCCCCAAAAGCAUUUGAUUGUAUCUUCUCGUGGAAGUGUAAUGUAAAACUAAAUUGGAAAUCCAUCAAAUUUAUUUUAAAAAACUUAAUUAAAAGCUGGAAUCCUGAUAUUUGGACAAAUGGUGUGUCAAAUAAAAUACUUUUUUAGGUGACAGACAUCUUAUGUGACCCUUCCUAGAGACUCAAAGCUGGAAAAUCUCCUCUGCUGCUUUGAUUUUGACAGUUAUUUAGUCUAAUCUGUCUCUCUGAGAGUCAGACUUUAUGGAAUUGUGAUAUUAGAACUCUUUACAGCCACACUGGAGAUCAGAAAACUCUGUUUGAUGAACUGAAUUAAUAGGACAGCUGACUGUGGGGGGCCUUAACAUCUGCUGGAAGAUUAUAGGGUUGAGCGCUCGGAGCAGCUACGCCCUUUUAAGCAGGCUGACCACACUGAUGUAAGGUCUGUGCAGGAGGAUGCACAGUAUUUCUCAACAGGAAAGGAAGUCUGUUGCUUAAUCUUUUGGUUUUGCUCUGACCAUGAGGUUAAAGCUGCAAAGGAAAUCACUGCCCAUCAUGAUACAUCUGGUCCUCAUUUCAAUCAGAGCCACACUGGCUCUGUCCUUUCUGAUCUGCUGUGUCAUGGAUUCCUCUCGGGAUCCAAUGCGACAUGUGACUGAGGUGGCUCGAUGCACUGACAACCUGGAGAAAACAGUGUGAGUGUGUGUGUAACACGAGCCGACUGAAGACGGCCUCUUCGCCUUGUAUAAACCCAAAUAAGAGAAUCAUUCCCACGCAAUGCUGGCCUCUCCGCAGAGUUGUCGUGUCCAUUUGUUCUGCUCUACUUUGUAUGUAGGUCGUCUGUAGUGGACCGGGGAUGCAGCACAAUGGCAGCUGAAUUAGACGGUAUUUUUACUCUAAUUAUUGGCUUCAUAUAGGCCUACUUAACAUAGCUACCAGUUAAGCCCUUUUUACUCUGUAUGCUUGAAAGUAUAAACCUGUUUCCUAAAUGACAGCACAGUUAACAGCUUACAUAUUGAGUAGUUUGUAUUUAAAUCCAUCAAAUCUGGGGCUUUAUCUCAAUUGUAAUCGCAUGUAUUUUGGAUUAUGUUAAAAAUCUAAGCCCUUCACUGGUCUGUAACAUCAUUAAAGACAUCAGGAAUUAUAAUUAGUACCUAUAGCUUUGUCAUUAAAACAUCCCUGCCCUGCAAAUGAGGGAAAUGCAACAUGCACUACCUUCAAAGCUGUGUUUAAAUAUAUAUGUUAUGUGUAUCUGUAUGUGUCAAUUAAAUACACAAGCACAAAAACCCCCGGUAUGAAUCAUCCCUUUGAUAUGCAGAAAAUUCUGGUAUCUGUACUGCCAGGGUCACCUCUGGAGGGCAGUGUGUCUUUGUUGUGGCUCAGUGGGUUCAUCAGUUCUGUUUCUUCCUCUCUGAGAAAGAGACGACAUCAAAGUGAUGACGCCUCACGCUGCGUGGAUGUCAAGACGCCAAGUGCUGUGUGCAAUAAGGCUUCAAGUUUCUCCUCUGCUAACUGCAUUUAAGAGGAAAGCUGUAUUUUGUCUCUAUCAUGACACCCAGUGGUAAGUCUUAGACCUGUGAUUUAGUGCAAGUGCAAUCAGAUGUGGACGUAGAGUGAGUUCAACAAGUGUCACUUAAAGGCUUUUUCAUUCAAAGUGGAAUACCAUAUUAAUUUGGACAAUUAUUCUUAAAGUAGCUGACAAGUAAAGUGUUAUUUUCUGAUUAAAAUAUGUAAUUAAAAUAAAAAAUGGUAAUGUUUUAUUCUCAGAUCAUCAGGUAGGUACCUUGCAGUGUCAAAGCAACAUUUUAAAGAGCCAUAUUUUUUUUAUUACAGCUUUUUCUCCACUAAUAACUCAAAGUGAUUCAACAUAAUUAAGUUCUUACACGAUUAGCUCCUCAUUAUUCUUUAUGUGUCACACAUUUAAAACACCAUUAAGUACUUAACACCGUUUUUAAUCAGGGGAAUGAGUCAGUGCCAUAAUUUGCUUGUUAUUAACACAGCAAAAACAACUCGAAUGAAUACUGAACUCUUUGGUCAAACUGAUCCUAAAACAGCUAAAAGCUUAAAACCAAAUAAGUGCAACUGAACAGACAAAAAGGAGCAAAACAACCUAAACAAAAUACAAUAUAUUAACACAAUAAGGCCUGUUUGAGCAUUUGCUUUGGGUUUAUAGCCCUUAUAACAUAACAAAAGAAAUAAAUAUAUAUGUUGAAGAAUCCCCUUUGAUAUAAGAGUCAUUUUUCUUAAGUGCAGGAAAGCUGUUAAUCUUUUACAUAACUAAAUAGAGACUUUUCUGUCCCUUGUUUCCACAGCAACUUGACCAAUAUUAAUUUCUUACCCUAAAGUCUUCACUGUGGUUUUACUGGCUGCAGCUGCUAGUGAUAUUUUGUGUUAUUUACACUGAUUACCCCAUCAUCUAUUGCAUCCACAUUUUCUAAAUGGCAUCUUUUUCAAUUCAACUCUGGAUCAAACUCCAGUCCGUGCGUUCACUUUAAAAGAUCGACCGACUAGUCUCAGUGUCCUGGUUUCCCCAAUGAUGAGUAAUAAUCAAUGAGGAUAUACAGAGCAAACAUAAUCUCUGUGGACCAACUGCAAUCCGCAGGGACUUCUUUUGUUUUUUUUAAUUUGGGAUUUCACAGAGAUAUUUCUGCUGCUUUUAUGCUCCAAACACAUUAAUAACGCCUGCAGAUGAACUUGCUGUGGAACACAUCAAAAGAAUCAGAGUUGAACCAGCGGACACAUGCGUCUACCUGAGCUAGAGGAAACAAGACACAACAGUAAAAUCAUCUAAAAGUAAGUUUUUUUAAUUUUUAAAUUAUUAUCAAGGUUAAUGAAAUUUCAUCUACUUUUUAACCAAACAUUGGAUGUUGUUUAAUCUGACUGCCCCUCCCCCGACACAAGUGUACUGUAUGUGUGUAAUGUGCGUGCUGUGUGAUCUAGGGAAGCCAUGGCAGCUGAUCUGGACGUGGUGAACCUGUUUAUCAUUGCUGGGGGAACUCUGGCGAUUCCCAUCCUGGCAUUUGUGGCUUCCUUUCUUCUCUGGCCCUCAGCUCUCAUCAAAGUCUAUUACUGGUGAGCUCAAUAACUGUGCUGCCCUGUGUGUUACUUUAUAGCUUAAAUUAAUCUCUUGAGAGGUUCAUGAAUGAGACUAACAGAAACAUUUCUCCCAGUUUCUCUUUAAUUCAGUCCUGCUAAAGCUCCUAUGGGGAGUAUUUGGAUAUUUCUGAAAUACACCAAAAUUCACAUUAAUGCUCUUUUAUAAUAAACAAACGUAAACAAACCCAUCACUAUGACGACUGAUGCUUUUUUUUUAUUGCAAUUGUGAUGAUGCAAAGGGGUAGGUGUCAGCCUAGCAGGUAAGCAAUAGCCCAACUGUCAUACAUUUGACAGUCAAAAGUCAACAGGAUGAGAUUCUUUUUAAUUGCCUGAAGACAUUCCUCACUGGAGUUUUAACUUCUUAGAAAUAUACAAAUACAAUACCACACAUAAAUUAAAGCCGCUGUGAGGAGUUUUUGACAUGGUAAUGUAACGGGAUGAAAUCAAUAGUGAUGGCUCUUUAUAGUCUACUGAGGCAAAAAAGGCCAUCAACAAAGAGAAAGUUACUCCAGGAGCUUAAAGCUUUUUAUCUCAGUACAGAUUAUUUUUUAUUGUCGACAUUCAAACCCAUGUCCUUUUUUUCUGACAGCCUUUAAUACAGGCAGAUAUUAGGUCAUUUUAUUAUUUAAAGCCUCUGUUAAGACUUUUAGGUUUAUAUUGAAUUCAGCGCCCCAGAGAUUUCUUUGCUAUUUUCAUUUUACAUGUGUUGAUACAUUUUUACCAGAAAAUUUACCCUGAUAUUUAUUAUCAAUCAAACUUUUUAUGAAAAUCAUCUGUGGAAAUAGAAAAAUUAUGAAAAAUUUGGAUCCACAACCGUUGGAUUCCUGCACCGUCAUGUUUCCGUGUAUGAGCUCAGACAUCCUGCUCCUUUUCAGGUACUGGAGGAGGACACUUGGCCUGCAGGUGCGCUAUGCAGACUGUGGAGGUUAUCGCUUCUGUUACUCCUACAGGGGGAGGCCCGGGAUGAGACCCUCAAUCUUAAUGCUGCAUGACUUCUCUGCCCACAAAGACACAUGGCUCACUGUCGUUAAGGUGAGGAAAAUAUGGAUUUCAGUCUGUUUUUCAAACAUCGAACAUUCUCUGAUAGAUAAGUUGUAAUCUGUAUUCUAUAUUUAAAUGUUGGUUUGCUUAGGAGAAUCCAUUUUCUCGUGAGCUUUUUGAAGCAUUUUUCUGUUGUUCCAGUAUUUACCCAAACAUCUGCACAUUGUGUGUGUGGACAUGCCUGGCCAUGAGGGAACAACACGCACCAACACUGAAGAUUACUCCAUCCAAGGGCAGGCCAGAAGGAUCCAUCAGGUACACUGACAAUAGAGCAAUAAGGUACUACAUACUGUAUGUAUGUUUAAAAUAGGCCCCUAUGUCACUACAUAGAAUUGUUUUCUUUUUGUUUUUGUAGUUUGUGGAAACUGUACGACUGAACAAGAAACCUUUCCACCUGGUUGGGACUGCCAUGGGGGGAAAUGUGGCGGGAGUUUAUGCAGCCUUCUACCCCUCAGAGAUUUGUAGCAUGACUCUCAUCUGUCCAGACGGUCAGUCACUCUGUGUGCAAGUGGGUUUAGUUGACACACCAAAGCGGCUGAAAGCAAAGAGUGUAUAAUAAGUUAAUACCAACCAUCCACUGCUACUAUUGUGUCCUUAAAAGCCAUCACAGGAUAUGACCUGACAUGACCAUAAAAAAAACACAUACCUUUUACCUUUGCUGUUUAGCUUACUCUCUCAACAAACACUCAAGCUUGCAUGCAUCAUCAGUUUCUGUCAGUAAACACUCAUUUUAUCUUGCAGGAAUAAGACACCCAUGUGAGACCAAAUUCGACAAUCAUCUGCAAGACCUGGAGCAUAGCAAUUACACAUUAAAUAUCCCGCUGAUCCCAACUACACCUGAGGAGAUGGAGGACAUGUUCAGGCUUUGUUCUCAUGUUCGCUUUAAAAUCCCUCAGCAGGUCAGGUCCACACUUGAAAUAAAAGCACCAGGGGUUUUAACUUUCAAUGCACCAAGAGUACCUGACAAUCAUGGUUAAUGUAUUCAAUGAUAAUCACCUCAGCUACCUUGUGUAAACAUGUUUUCAUUCUUUAGAUUCUCCAAGGAUUGGUAGAUGUCCGGCAGCCCCAUAACAUGUUUUACCAAGAAGGUUAGUCCACUGUGGUGCAGAUAAUUUCAGUGACUUAUUUAAGUGUACAGUUUAGUCCAAGUGACCUGCUGCCCUAGAAAUUUAUCUACUUUUUUUCUCUCUCUUUUUCAGUAUUUAUGGAGAUAGUUGGUGAAAAAUCAAGAUAUGCCUUACAGGAGCACUUACACCUCAUCACUGCACCUCUACAAGUGAUAUGGGGCAAACAAGAUCAGGUUAACUAAUGCAAUGACAAUCCAGUUUUUGUGCGCAAACGUGCAGGGGCAUGUCCAAAGCGGUGGUCAGGUGUGACAUGGGCCCCUUUUAUAAUUAGCUUUGCCUGAUUUCCCUUGUGCAACCCCCAAAUCAAUGUGUGUUACAAUAGCUGCCGGUAAUCUCCCUUUUAAAAGGAUAUUCCGGUGUAAAAUUAAUUUAGGGUCAAAUACACCAUAACACCGAGUUAGACACCCCCUUGAGAGAUGAAUGUUGCCGACUGCUUGCUUCUACAGAACUAGCCACCAAACAUCUUUUUAGCUCUGCCUAAUUUCUUUAGCAAAGAGACUAAACGCAACUCACCUACUCCCUUCCAGCAGCUGCUUAAUUGUAGCGGGCCACUCCAUUAUGGACUACAGCGGGUUGAUGCAGCUCAAAGGAGGAACAUUUUUGAUCAGUUCUAAAUGGAAAUGCAAUCAGACCAAGACGCUUAGGCAGAAGAACUACCGAGUCUGCAGUGCAAAAUGAUUCAUAUGAUGAUUAUUACUUCAAGGAAAUGAUAAAGUCAUGAUCAUAAUUUUACGCCAGAAUAUCCCUUUAAGGUGGAUGCUCACACUGCAUGCCACCCCUGGAAUAAUCAGUGCCUCAGUUUGCUCCACCCAAAAGUCUGUACAUGCCUCUGCAAACAUGUAACCUGUAAACGUUGCAUGACCUCCUUUCUCUUAAUGAGGCCUCAAAAGUAAGCCUAAAGGCACAUACCCUUACACUCAUGCUUUGACUUUUUGUACAGGUGGUGGAUGUUUCUGGAGCUGCAGUCAUCUCAGAUGUGCUGCCUGGGUGUAGAGUGGACCUGCUGGACAACUGUGGGCACUCUGUGGUGAUGGAGAGGCCUUGUCGGACAGCAAAACUAAUUCUGGAGUUUAUCAUCUUGCAGCAAGAUGCUCGGGGCGGAGUGAAGAAAUCCUCAUGA